AUGGCUAGAUACCAAUACAGCAGCCUUGACACGAAAGUAGAUGAGAUUCGACUCAUUAAGCUAAUGCCUGGCCUACCAGGCCAAAAAAUAACAUUCAAGAUUUUCCAUACCUCAGUUAUUCAUGGACCCAUUGCGAAGCCCAAAACAGAUCCUCGCAUGGAAGUGGAGGAAUUGGAGAAGACAGUUACGAAAGAAUGGAUAGUCAAAGAAACAUUGGAGGGCCGCUACCUAUUCCUACACCUCAAAGAACCAAAGAACUCUUGGGAUCAUCCCGACCCCGGAGUAGACCCUUCGCUUUACUGUCAACCUAAGAAUGAGGAGGUCGUAAGCACUCAGCAAGAGUAUGAUGCAUUAUCAUACGUGUGGGGUUCGACGAAUGAAAAGAUCGAGGUCCAGAUACAGACAGAGUCUGACAGAUCAUGUACGUUGAUGAUUGGGGCUAACCUGGCAGACGCGUUGGAGCACCUCCGCUACCCCGAUAAAGCCCGAAUUCUAUGGAUAGAUGCAAUCUGCAUCAAUCAAGACGACAUAAAGGAGCGAAAUUCUCAGGUACCCCAGAUGAGAAGCAUAUACUCACUCGCCAAAAGCGUAAUUGUAUGGCUCGGCCCAGAUGCAGACGGAAGCGGCCAUGCUUUGCAUACCCUGGUCUACUUUGCCGCUCAAGUUGAAUUUUCCAUCGAUGAGACGUACGGAGACGCCCCCGGAGCUCAAGAGAAGACAUGGUGGGAUCCGAGGGUGCCGUUGCCUUGGAAUAAAGAGACCUGGGCAUCGAUAACUGCCCUAUUCCAACGUCCAUAUUUCCGCCGAGUGUGGGUCUUACAGGAAGUUAUGCUUGCGUCAAAUGCCAUUGUUCAGUGCGGCUAUGAUACGGCUCCAUGGACGAGUGUCCGGAAGGCCAUGCUAGUCUUGGUGGAGAAACCCGCCCUUGAACCCGAGCUUUUCGAGUUUCUCAAUAGGUACCGAAGUGGCAUUCUUGCGGAAGUGGCGCGAAACGUCCCACGAAUCCUACUAUGGGCGAGAUCACGACAGUGUACAGACCCAAGAGAUAGGGUCUACGGUUUAUUGGGCCUCAUGUGUCCCUCGAUUCCCAAGCUCAUAGGCCCAAACUAUGAUGAGCCUUUGUGCCAUACAUAUCGGAAGAUGGCCCUCGCUCACAUCCAAAUAACUCAGCGUCUAUCUAUCCUCCGAUGCUGUGAGCUAGACAACAACGCCAACAGGAAUUGGCCUUCAUGGGUUCCCGACUGGACCGUCGCCCAGAAUAGUCUGUUCGGCUUCCGUAAGGGUCACUCAAGACAGCCUUCUGGUCAUACUGCUUCACAGGCGCGAUAUAUCGAUGCGAACAUCCUCGAGGUGGUUGGAAUCGAGUGUGCAAGCCUGAGCGCUGUGAGAUACGUCUCCUCCGCAACCGAGAUGUUUGGGGCGCUGUCGAGUUGGACGCCCGGGGACUUAAGUAUAAAGUCCUAUCCUGGUGGAGGCUCCUUGUUCGAUGCUUUCUGGGAAGCCGUUACCAAGGGGCGAGUGCACGAUCGCUAUGUGCGCAAUACCUACUAUCCCACUGUGGCGGAUCUGCGAAUUCGCUGUCAAGCGGCUGUGGCUGGAGAGGAUUCCUUUGACAGGAUCUUCCAUCUAUUCAAGGAAGAACUUGAUACCGAAAAAACAUGGCUCACUUUGACAUAUGAAGGAUAUCUUGGUGUCGUGAUGUCAGAGCCACAGCAGGAUGAUCGCGUGUUCAUCUUACUCGGAAGUGAUGUUCCACUUCUACUCAGACCUACCGGAGAGGGAACAUUUCUCGUAGUUGGCCAGUGUUUUGUGCCAGGGCUGAUGGAUGCGGAAGCAAUCUUAGGGCCACUCCCGCAGGGAUGGACGAUACAGAUGCGUCACAGCUACAAUGGUAGAGAGGCAACUUGGUUUAUUAACACAUUGUCAGGUUUGGAAACGAUUGAGGACCCACGUCUUCCUAUAUUGCCUCCUGACUGGGAGGUUAUCCAUCGAAGGAGUGGCCCAGAUGAUCCGGACUUCUUGAGAAACUUUCGAAAUAACAUAACAGGAGAGGUUAUUAAUCAUGACCCUAGAGUACUUCCUAUGCUCAAGAGUCGUGAUAUACCGUUAAGAAAGAUUCAGUUGAUAUAA